AUGUUCAACUCGAUGACCCCACCACCAGUCAGUAGCUAUGGCGAACCCUGCUGUCUCAGGCCCCUCCCCAGUCAGGGGGCCCCCGGCAUGGGGACAGAAGGACUGUCUGGUCUGCCCUUCUGCCACCAGGCCAACCUCAUGCCUGGCCCCCAUGGUUAUGGGUCAGCCAGAGAGACCAACAGCUGCACGGAGGUUUCUUGCCCAGCCCCACUCUUUCCUCCUCCCCGGAGUGCAGUCAAACUGACCAAGAAGCGGGCACUGUCCAUCUCACCUCUGUCAGAUGCCAGCCUGGACCUGCAGACAGUUAUCCGAACCUCGCCCAGCUCCCUCGUGGCCUUCAUCAACUCACGCUGUGCCUCUCCGGGGGGCUCCUACGGUCACCUCUCUAUCAGCACUAUGAGCCCAUCUCUGGGAUUCCCACCCCAGAUGAAUCACCAAAAAGGGACCUCGCCAUCCUUCGGGGUCCAGCCCUGCGGUCCCCAUAACCCCACCCAGGGAGGGAUGAUGCCGCAUCCUCAGUCCCGGGGACCACUCCCAACUUGCCAGUUGAAGUCUGAGCUGGACAUGCUGGUUAGCAAGUGCCCAGAGGAGCCCUUGGAAGGUGACAUGUCCAGCCCCAACUCCACAGGCACACAGGAUCCCCUGCUGGGGGUGCUGGAUGGGAGGGAAGACAUGGAGAGAGAGGAGAAGCCUGAGCCGGAAUCUGUGUAUGAGACUGACUGCCGUUGGGAUGGCUGCAGCCAGGAAUUUGACUCCCAGGAGCAGCUGGUGCAUCACAUCAACAGUGAGCACAUCCACGGGGAGCGGAAGGAGUUCGUGUGCCAUUGGGGGGGCUGCUCCAGGGAGCUGAGGCCCUUCAAAGCCCAGUACAUGCUGGUGGUCCACAUGCGCAGACACACGGGCGAAAAGCCACACAAGUGCACGUUUGAGGGGUGCCGGAAAUCAUACUCACGCCUCGAAAAUCUGAAGACGCACCUACGGUCACACACGGGCGAGAAGCCAUACAUGUGUGAGCACGAGGGCUGCAGUAAGGCCUUCAGCAAUGCCAGUGACCGGGCCAAGCAUCAGAACCGGACCCACUCCAAUGAGAAGCCGUAUGUGUGUAAGCUCCCUGGCUGCACCAAACGCUACACUGAUCCCAGCUCGCUCCGGAAACAUGUCAAGACAGUGCAUGGUCCUGACGCCCACGUGACCAAGCGGCAUCGAGGGGACGGCCCCCUGCCCCGGACACCAUCCCUUUCCACAGUGGAGCCCAAGAGGGAGCGGGAUGGAGGCCCUGGCAGGGAGGAGAGUAGACUGACUGUGCCAGAAGGUGCUAUGAAGCCACAGCCAAGCCCUGGGGCCCAGUCAUCCUGCAGUAGUGACCACUCCCCAGCAGGCAGCGCGGCCAAUACAGACAGUGGUGUGGAAAUGACUGGAAAUAUGGGGGGCAGCACUGAGGACCUGUCCAGCUUGGACGAGGGGCCUUGCCUUGCUGGCACCGGUCUUUCUACUCUUCGCCGCCUUGAGAACCUCAGGCUGGACCAGCUACAUCAACUCCGGCCAAUAGGGCCCCGGGGCCUCAAACUGCCCAGCUUGACCCACACGGGCACCCCUGUGUCCCGCCGUCUGGGUCCCCCAGUUUCUCUUGACCGCCGCAGCAGCAGCUCCAGCAGCGUCAGCUCGGCCUAUACUGUCAGCCGCCGCUCCUCCCUAGCCUCCCCCUUUCCCCCUGGCUCCCCACCAGAGAAUGGGGCAUCCUCUCUGCCUGGCCUCACACCUGCCCAGCACUACCUGCUCCGGGCAAGAUAUGCUUCAGCCAGGGGAGGUGGUACUCCACCCACUGCAGCAUCCAGCCUGGAUCGAAUUGGGAGUCUCCCUGGACCUCCCUGGAGAAGCCGAACCGAGUAUCCAGGAUACAACCCCAACGCAGGGGUCACCCGGAGGGCCAGUGACCCAGCCCGGGCUGCUGACCACCCAGCCCCAGCCAGAGUCCAGCGGUUCAAGAGCUUGGGUUGUGUCCACACACACCCCACCACAGCAGGGGGAGGACGGAACUUUGAUCCCCAACUCCCAACCCCUGUCUACUCACCACAGCCCCACAGCAUCAGUGAGAAUGUUGCCAUGGAUACCAGAGGGCUACGGGAGGAACCAGAGAUCGGGACCUCCAUGAUGGGCAGUGGCCUGAGCCCUUAUAUGGACUUCCCACCUGCUGAUGCUCUGGGUUAUGGGGGACCUGAGGGGGCAGCAGCUGAGCCUUAUGGAGCUAGGGGUCCAGGCUCCCUGCCUCUUGGACCGGGUCCACCUGCCAGCUACAGCCACAACCCUUGUCCCCAGCAGGUCUCCUAUCCUGACCCCACCCCAGAAACAUGGGGUGAGUUCCCUGCCCACUCCGGGCUGUACCCAGGCCCCAAGCCUCCAGCUGGAACCUACAGCGAGUGUCCUCGUCUUGAACAUUAUGGACACGUCCAGGUCAAACCAGAACAGGGGUGUCCAAUGGGUUCUGACUCCACAGGACUGGCACCCUGCCUCAAUGCCCACCCCAGUGAGGCGCCUCCACGCCAACAGCCUCUGUUCUCCCACUACCCCCAGCCUCCCCCACCCCAAUAUCCCCAGUCAGGCCCUUACAACCAGCCACCUCCUGAUUAUCUUCCUUCAGAAUCCAGGCCUGGCCCGGAUUUUGAUCACCCCACUCACUCCACAGGACAGCUCAAGGCUCAGCUUGUGUGUAAUUAUGUUCAGUCUCAACAGGAGCUGCUGUGGGAGGGAGGGGGCAGGGGAGAUUCCCCAGUCCAGGAACCUCUCUACCAGAGUCCGAAGUUUCUGGGGGGUUCCCAGGUUAGCCCAAGCCCUGCCAAGGCCCCAGUGGCCACAUAUGGACCUGGCUUUGCACCUAACUUGCCCAAUCACAAGUCAGGUUCCUAUCCUGCCCCUUCACCAUGCCAUGAAAAUUUUGCAGUGGGGGGAAACAAGCCUUCCCACAGAGUAGCAGCACCACCCCGACUUCUGCCCCCUCUGCCCACUUGCUAUGGGCCACUUAAGGCAGGGGCCACCAACCCCAGCUGUGGCCACCCUGAGGUGGGCAGGUUGGGAGGAGGUCCUGCCUUGUACCCUCCUCCUGAAGGACAGGUGUGUAACCCCCUGGACUCUCUUGAUCUUGACAACACUCAGCUGGACUUUGUGGCUAUUCUGGAUGAGGCCCAGGGGCUGAGCCCUCCUCCUUCCCAUAACCAGGGGCACAGCUCGGAACAUACCCCACCUCCCGCUGGAGCCCCCAACAUGGCUGUGGGCAACAUGAGUGUCUUACUGGGAUCCCUGCCUGGUGAGACACAAUUCCUCAACUCUAGUGCCUAA